GCCCCGAGUAAGCGCGAGCGCCACACAGCCCCGGGCCGCAGCCUCCGCCGAGCGCGCCGAGACGCCGAACAGGUGGCCGGAGGCUGCAGGCGCCGCGGCGGGGAGAGGCAAGGCAGCCCCGGGCGAGGCGAGGGCGGCCAGGCCGGGCAUGCGAGCCGAGCGGCCCCCCGGCGCCGCCGCCUGCCCGCGCCCCUAGCCGCCCGCCCGCCCGUGCAGCCGCCCCGCCGCGCCGAGUGUCCAGCCGCCCCGGCCGCGGUCAGCGAGGGGCGCGGGCCGGCCCGCGGGGACGGCGGCAUGAAAGUGACCGUGUGCUUCGGGAGGACCCGGGUGGUCGUGCCGUGCGGGGACGGCCACAUGAAAGUUUUCAGCCUCAUCCAGCAGGCGGUGACCCGCUACCGGAAGGCCAUCGCCAAGGAUCCAAACUACUGGAUACAGGUGCAUCGCUUGGAACACGGAGAUGGAGGAAUAUUGGACCUUGAUGACAUUCUUUGCGAUGUAGCAGAUGAUAAAGACAGACUGGUGGCUGUGUUUGAUGAGCAAGAUCCCCAUCAUGGAGGCGAUGGCACCAGUGCCAGCUCCACCGGUACCCAGAGCCCAGAGAUAUUUGGUAGCGAGCUCGGCACCAACAGUGUUUCCGCCUUUCAGCCUUAUCAAGCAACAAGUGAAAUUGAGGUCACACCUUCCGUCCUUCGUGCAAAUAUGCCUCUGCAUGUCCGACGAAGCAGCGACCCAGCUUUAAUUGGCCUCUCAACUUCUGUCAGUGAUAAUAACUUCUCCUCUGAGGAGCCUUCAAGGAAAAACCCCACCCGCUGGUCAACAACGGCUGGCUUCCUCAAGCCGAACACCGCCGGGAGCCCUAAAAACUGCGACAGGAAGAAAGAUGAGAACUACAGAAGCCUCCCGCGGGAUACUAGUAACUGGUCUAACCAAUUUCAGAGAGACAAUGCUCGCUCAUCUCUGAGUGCCAGUCACCCCAUGGUGGACAAGUGGCUGGAGAAGCAAGAACAGGAUGAAGACGGGACAGAGGAAGAUAACAGCCGCGUGGAGCCAGUUGGACACGCUGACACUGGUUUGGAGAAUGUACCCAACUUUUCUCUGGAUGAUAUGGUAAAGCUCGUACAAGUCCCCAACGACGGAGGGCCUCUGGGAAUCCAUGUGGUCCCUUUCAGUGCUCGAGGAGGCAGAACCCUGGGGUUAUUAGUAAAACGAUUGGAGAAAGGUGGUAAAGCAGAACAAGAAAACCUUUUUCACGAGAACGAUUGCAUUGUCAGGAUUAACGAUGGCGACCUCCGAAAUAGAAGAUUUGAACAAGCACAACAUAUGUUUCGCCAAGCCAUGCGUACACCCAUCAUUUGGUUCCAUGUGGUUCCCGCAGCAAAUAAAGAGCAGUAUGAACAACUAUCCCAAAGUGAGAGGCACAAUUAUUAUUCGAGUUGCUUCAGCGCUGACAGCCAGUACAUUGACAGCAGGAGUGUGAACAGUGCGGGGCUUCCCGCGGUGCCGAGAGCACCCCGACCGAGCCAUGUGGCCGACCAGCCGGACUCUCACCCACGACUACCUCACAGCGCACACCCCUCUGGAAAACCACCGUCCGCUCCCACCCCAGCACCCCAGAAUGUAUAUAGUACCAAUGCAAGCAGUGGUUAUAACACCAAAAAAGUAGGCAAGAGGCUUAAUAUCCAGCUUAAGAAAGGUACGGAAGGUUUGGGAUUCAGUAUCACUUCCCGAGAUGUAACAAUAGGUGGCUCAGCUCCAAUUUAUGUGAAAAACAUCCUCCCACGGGGGGCUGCCAUUCAAGACGGCAGACUGAAGGCCGGAGACAGACUUAUAGAGGUAAAUGGAGUCGAUUUAGCAGGCAAAUCCCAAGAGGAAGUCGUUUCACUGUUGAGAAGCACCAAGAUGGAAGGAACCGUGAGCCUGCUGGUCUUUCGUCAGGAAGACGCCUUCCACCCAAGGGAACUGAAUGCAGAGUCAAGCCAGAUGCAGAUUCCAAAAGAAACGAAACCAGAAGAUGAGGAUAUUGUUCUCACACCUGACGGUACCAGGGAAUUUCUGACAUUUGAAGUUCCACUGAACGAUUCAGGAUCCGCUGGUCUUGGCGUCAGUGUCAAAGGUAACCGGUCGAAAGAGAACCAUGCGGAUUUGGGAAUCUUUGUCAAGUCCAUUAUCAACGGAGGAGCAGCAUCUAAAGAUGGAAGGCUUCGGGUGAAUGAUCAGCUGAUAGCAGUAAAUGGAGAGUCCCUGUUGGGUAAGACAAACCAAGACGCCAUGGAAACCCUAAGAAGGUCCAUGUCUACCGAAGGAAACAAACGAGGAAUGAUCCAGCUUAUUGUUGCGAGGAGAAUAAGCAAAUGCAAUGAGCCGAAGUCACCUGGGAGCCCCCCUGGACCUGAGCUGCCCAUUGAAACAGUGUUGGAUGACAGGGAACGAAGAAUUUCCCAUUCCCUGUACAGUGGGAUUGAGGGCCUCGACGAAUCGCCCACCCGCAAUGCCGCCCUCAGUAGGAUAAUGGGUGAGUCAGGUAAAUACCAGCUGUCCCCCACAGUGAACAUGCCCCAGGAUGAUACUGUCAUCAUAGAAGAUGACAGGUUACCUGUGCUUCCUCCACACCUCUCUGACCAAUCCUCUUCCAGCUCCCACGACGAUGUGGGGUUCAUGACGACGGAUGCUGGCGCAUGGGGCAAGGCUGCCAUCAGUGACUCAGCCGACUGCUCUUUGAGUCCAGACGUUGAUCCAGUUCUUGCUUUUCAACGAGAGGGAUUUGGACGCCAGAGUAUGUCAGAAAAACGCACAAAGCAAUUUUCAGAUGCCAGUCAAUUGGAUUUCGUUAAAACACGAAAAUCAAAAAGCAUGGAUUUAGGUAUAGCUGACGAGACUAAACUCAAUACAGUGGAUGACCAGAAAGCAGCUUCCCCCAGUAGAGAUGUGGGACCAUCCCUGGGUCUGAAGAAGUCAAGUUCAUUGGAAAGUCUGCAGACAGCAGUCGCUGAGGUGACCCUGAAUGGGGACAUUCCUUUCCAUCGCCCACGACCGCGGAUCAUCCGAGGAAGGGGUUGCAAUGAGAGCUUCAGAGCUGCCAUUGACAAGUCUUAUGAUAAACCUGCAGUGGACGAUGACGACGAGGGCAUGGAGACCUUGGAAGAAGACACAGAAGAAAGUUCAAGAUCAGGGAGAGAGUCCGUAUCCACGGCCAGCGAUCAGCCUUCCCACUCUCUGGAGAGACACAUGAACGGAAACCAAGAGAAAGGUGACAAGACCGACAGGAAAAAGGAUAAAACUGGAAAAGAGAAGAAGAAAGAGAGAGAGAAGGAGAAGGAUAAAAUGAAAGCCAAGAAAGGAAUGCUCAAGGGCUUGGGAGACAUGUUCAGGUUUGGCAAACAUCGCAAAGAUGACAAGAUUGAGAAAACGGGUAAAAUAAAAGUACAGGAAUCCUUGACAUCAGAAGAGGAGAGGACCCGAAUGAAGCGGGAGCAGGAGAGGAUUCAAGCCAAAACUCGUGAGUUUAGGGAACGACAAGCCCGGGAGCGUGACUACGCUGAAAUCCAAGAUUUCCAUCGGACGUUUGGCUGUGAGGAUGAGUUGAUGUAUGGGGGAAUUGCUUCCUAUGAAGGCUCCAUGGCUCUCAACGCCAGACCCCAGAGCCCAAGGGAAGGGCACUUGAUGGAUGCCUUGUAUGCCCAAGUCAAGAAGCCACGGAGUUCCAAACCCUUACCUGUAGACAGUCACAGAUCAACUCCUAGCAACCAUGAUCGGAUACAGCGUCUGCGGCAGGAAUUCCAGCAAGCAAAGCAGGAUGAGGACGUGGAGGAUCGGAGGCGCACCUACAGCUUUGAACAACCCUGGCCCAACUCCAGGCCACCAGCACAGAGCGGGCGACACUCGGUGUCCGUGGAGGUGCAGCUGCAGAGGCAGCGGCAGGAGGAGCGAGAGAACUUCCAGCAGGCCCAGCGCCAGUACAGCUCCCUGCCACGGCAAAGCAGGAAGAACGCCAGCUCAGUCUCCCAGGAUUCUUGGGAGCAAAGCUACUCCCCCGGGGAAGGCUUCCAGAGUGCCAAGGAGAACCCCCGGUAUUCCAGCUACCAGGGCUCCCGCAACGGCUACCUGGGAGGACACGGCUUCAACGCCAGGGUCAUGCUAGAGACUCAGGAGCUUCUUCGCCAGGAGCAGAGGCGGAAAGAGCAGCAAAUGAAGAAACAGCCUGUUCCCGAGGGGCCCAGCAACUAUGACUCCUAUACGAAAGUCCAGGACCCCAACUACGCCCCUCCCAAGGGGCCCUUCCGGCAGGACGUGCCCCCCUCGCCCUCUCAGGUUGCCAGGCUGAACAGACUCCAGACCCCUGAGAAAGGGAGGCCCUUCUACUCCUGAGCACGAGAAGAAUGGAUGAUUGGUGUACGCAAUAAGAAACAUUUUCCUA